AUGGCAAAAGACACCCUCAAGUCGGCGCAAGAUGUCUCGGCAUCGAAGAAGUCGGAGUCGAAGCUGAAGCACGCAAAAGACGCCGACGCCGAGGCACAGCACGAUGAACAAUCCACAUCCGCCAAUACCAAAUCCGAAUCCAAGGACAAGAAAAAGCGCAAGAAGUCGAGCGAGGACGGCGAAUCGACCAAAAAGAAACGGCGACACGACGAGGAGGACUCUACACAAAAGAAAAAGAAGAAGCGAGUCUCCUUCGGAGCGGGUACCAAGACCGAGGAUGGGUCCGGCGACGACAGCAGCGAGACGGUAACAGGCGCCGAGGAAACCGAGUCCGAGCCCAAAGCAGACGAAGCCGCCGAAGCCGAAGCCGCGUUGGAGGAAAUGAAGAAGCGCAAGCGCGAGAAGAAAAAGGAGCGCAAGAGUGGCACUCCAUCUACUGAUCAGAUCCACGAAACCCCUAUCCUGUCAUAUCUGAACCGCUACUACCGGGACCGGGAUUCGUGGAAGUUUCAGAAGAACCGCGAGACGAAUAUCUUCAAGCACCUCUACUCGCUGGAGCAUGUUCCUGCGCCAUUCAACGCUGCGCUUUUGGCGUAUUUGAAAGGCUUGAAGGGUGACAUGGCGAAGAUGCGGUUGAGUCAGGGUGCGGUAGCGGUUCUCAAGAGUGAAAUGGACCAGCCUGCGGAUGCCGAGUAUGAACAGGCUGUUGAGGAGUUCCGAUCGGUCUUGUCAGCGGGUGGUGAUGGCGUUAAUGGGGCUGCUGGAGAUGGCUUGAGCGCCGAUGCUAAGAAGCGUCUCCAGAAGAGGCAGCGUGCGGAGCUGGUCUUCUUCGCUGUUACUGCGAAGCUGUUUACCAACGAGGAAAUGCGGGAGCAGCAGAAGGCUGCGGCUAAGGAGCGCGCUAAGGAGGCUGCCAAGUUGAAGAAGAGGAAGAACAGAACAGCUAUUGUGGAUAUCUCGAGCAGCAGUGAAAGCGAUGGUGAUAGCGAUGACGAGGACAAGCCAAAGCCAGCUACCAAGGCCAAGCCUGCGGCUAAGUCUGCUCCGUCUGAUACCAGCAGCGAUGGAACGAGCAGCGACGAAAGCACGAGCAGCAGCGGCAGUGAUUCCUCAAGCGGCGACAGUGAUGAUGAAGCCCCUGCCCCCAAGAACAAGCCUGCUGCAAACCCUACAAAGGCCAAGAAGGAGAAGCGUGCUAAGCCCGCCAAGGUGGAGGAAGCUGUACCGUCGAAGAACAAGAAGAAGCAGAAGCGGAAACUGCGCACUGUCAACGUUGAGAUCUCGAGCAGCGAGAGCGAUAGUGAUUAA